AUGGUUGCAGGAACAUGGUCGGUCGCUAAAUCGGCCCAUAAGCGCUUGUUUCGAAAACGUCGAAGCCGGAAGGGCAGCACCAGCACUCAAAGUCAACAGAAAGUUGAUCGAUUAGUGAUGUCAUCAUCGUCGACGCGUGGAGGUGGCGGCUCGUCCGUAUCAUCGUUGGCACUUCAGGAAAACGCUGAAGAAAGCCGGUGGCUAAAUAAAUGGACAUUACUUGAGGGAUAUCGACACGAUGGUUUGUGCUUCGAUUCAAGCGUACUAGCUAUUACAAAUGUCGUUGUUCAAUUCGCUGUGCGUGUAGGCCACGGACUAUGUCCGGUUUAUCCCUGGGUCGUCGGUUUGAAACAG